AUGCCACAAAAUAAGUUUCCAGACAUGUCGCACUUUUCCGCUGAUCCGUUUGUGAUGCAUCGCCGUCUGCCAUCCAUUCUUUUAGACAGUUGGGAGUUUCGAAAGAUCGCAUCGGAGGGCUCUGUGUUACCCAACGCACUACUUUCUUGUGAUGUCGACGAGGAUGGUGUAGAUGAAAUCAUCAUCGGCACCACUGAGGGCUACGUGGUAGUUGUGAAGCCCGACCUCCGCGUUUUCAACCUUGUUCAUACUAUGACCGCGACAAUCGCGAUCGUGAUGUAUUCCAAAGAGCUUCACCAACUUAUACUCGUAACCCUGGAAGGACAAUGUGAGGUUUGGGACGACUUUCUUGUUACACCGAACCAUGACAACGAGGUGUGGGGUGAGAGGGAUAAAGAGCACGCGAGUAAGACCUCUCUUGACGCUACAGGGCCUGACUUAAAUAGGGCGGGUGCUAUUAGUAGUGGAGGCAAACCUCGGGACCCCAGCACCUAUACGGCGUGCCAGACUAAAAGCGCACAGAAACCCUCCAAGGUAUUCCACGUGCCCUCAAACUGUAUGUGUGGGGAUAUUGUGGUGGAGGGUGACGUGAGCCGGCUUUUUCUCGGUUCGUACGAUUGUCAUUUGUAUAUUUAUGACCUCUGCUCUGGGGUGUGCGAGCUCUUUAUCUUCAUGCAUCACGCUGUCACUUCAUUAAAGUGCUUUUCGCUUCCAGUUGGACUUGACCUUAUGAUGGUUUCGUUUCCCCCUUCAGAAAAUGCAAAUGCAAGCAUUAAUCCCUCGGGUCCCAAGAUUGAUGGGCCGAAUUCUUUGCGAGGAAAAUGCCAUGCUAUGGGUGCUACGAAUAGCUUUCGUAGUGAUGAAAAUGUGGAAUCGGUUCAACUGCCUGAUCCAUCGCGGCAUUUAGCAGUUCCACUUUUAUUUGUAGCGACUAUGCAGAGCCUUGUAUUAGUUCCCGCGUCCCUUAGCACACUACGGAGUCGUCAGGACAAGGAAAAUGAAUCGAACAAGCCUCUUGUGCUUGCAGAUGAGUCUAUCAUGCGACAUAAUUUUAAUCCAUCGCGUAAUUCACGGCGACGGCAGGAAUUCACUAGCUCUGGAACAAAUUUUAAAGACAAAUCCCCAAAACGCUUUCAGGAUGAAUCACGUGGAGAAUGCAAGCAUACAGUAGGAAGUGAGAUCGACAACGAAGGGAGGGAUAGGCCUAGUGCCCGAUACUAUGCUCGAUCGUCGUGGUUGUCUCAAUCUAAGAGGUAUUCCACUUCCUUGCGCUGCCCCAUCACUUUAUCUACUACUUCUUUGGAUUUUUAUCAGGCAAAUCAGGUCUCCGGCCACAGCAUCAGCAACAAAGAUGCUGCGAGUUGCAUGUUUAGCGACGAGAAUUUUAAAACGAACGAUGAACUUCCGGAGACCUCACCGAUCGAUGCUGCGCCGUCGAUCGUUCUUAUUUACCCCCUAUGGGUUGUUUCUAUUCGUUGGCACUUACUUGGAUCUAAGCAGAUUCCCACUCCUGAAGCGCUCUUUAGCCUACCCUCAUACUUGCACCGAGUCCAUCCUUAUGGAACAGGGGUUCAGGUGACGAUGCCGACGCAUUCUGCAGAUUUUUCUAAAUUCUCGCAUCACGUAGCCAAGAGCAAAUGUUCUGAUGCAGAAGAUGACUCGUUCUUGUCUUUGUCCCCUUCCUAUUCUUCCUCCUCCUCGACCUACGCCAUAAUGGACGUUUCCGAAUUCGAUGAGGGUGAUGAUGACAAUAUGUACCGUGAAAAAGAAGCAUCGCGUACUUACGUUGCCUCAUCGGCCAAGGAUCACCAAUCGCUACCUAUGGAGAAGCAUCAACAUGCCUCUCCUGAGAAUCAGCCCUUGCACACUGUCCCGAGCAUCUCUACUUGCGCUGACACCCAAAAUGUGUCACUUCAGUUGCACUCAGGCACCGAAAAGAGUUCUUCAUCUCAAAGGGGCCCCUAUUCGUUGUCGCCUUCCCAUGUGGUUUCAACUUCCCUGUCUAAAGAGACAGGGGUGUUAUCCUGUCUCCCUGGGGAAGCCAUUAUGCUGGAAAAGAGAGCGGCUCAAACAGGGAUUACCAAGCCCCAGACGAGUCUUUCCGGUGUUCUUUCAGUUCAGCGGUCACGCCCCGGUCAUGGUAGAAUGACCAAAUGCAUUCAUUCACCUGUUUUUGUCGAUGUAUCGGUGGAUCGAGGCUCCGUGAUCCUGGUGGCUGCCCGCGAGGACGGCCGCGUGUGUGUCUUGCAGCUCACAAGUGACCACCCCAAAGCGGAUCCGGUGACGGCAGGGGAUACGGAGCAGAGCAGCGUCGGCUCAAGCGAGGACUUCCCGUUUUCUGCGCACAGGCGAGGCCAGAGGUUGAGCUCUCGGGCUGAGAGACUGCAACACAGCCUGAGCCUGGCGUCUCUGGAUCCAAAACGCCAAGAAUGUCAGCAAUCGGACAAACUAACUCCAUCACGAAGGCCCUUUGCAUACAAUGAAGUACGAAUCCCUUUUUCCAGUAAAAGGGGCGUUAGCGUGGCCACUGCUACCCACGCAGACAGUAGACCCUCCGCAUCCUCUACACAACUCGAUAUAAAGCUUACUAAUUCUUCUCUAACCGGAUACGCUAGUAAAGGCCAUUCGUUUGGGGUUGGGGAGGACCCUACUGUACACACUGAGAUCGGAGGACUGAGGGGGAGUCAGCCUUCGCAUGUUGAGACUGACACCAAAGCUGCACUACCCAAUAUGGUCACACCGCGAGAAUAUAGAGCUGAUUCGGACAUCUUGCUUUGUGUUGGGUGCCUGUGGGCAGGGAUUUUGGAGGACCCCUUGGUUCAACGCACCUGCGUCGUUCACGUGGCUGAAGACGCCAUCCGUGUGGUACUCGUAUCGGCUACUGGAAAGUGCUACACUGUCGACCCAACAACUGGUACGGCGGUUGAGUGCUCCGUAUCUGUGGAUUGCAGCUCCUUUACCCUGAUUAAAGAACUUGUAGUCGCGGCCUCGGAUGAAAAUAGCUCAGCGAUGGGACCGUACCCCCUGGUAUCAUCUUUUUCCUCUCAGCAUAGCCCCCUGUUUUACGCUUUUAGUGAUACAGCCACCGCACUAGCGCAUACAAUGUCAUCUGUUUUCUCCAAAAGGAUUUCUGGAGGUCCACACGAUGUAGCUGAGCGUGCUGUUGGUGUGGGCAACAGUUUACAACAUACCAAGUCUUUGUGCGGUGUCUUUAAGACUUUGAUCAGGAUUGCUUGUGUGAGUGUCGACGAGUUGUGCAUUUAUUCGACUAACGAGAUUCAUAAUGCUCCUACACAUCAUCCUCGACAUGCGCUUUCGCCACUCUCGAAAGAAUUUCUGGAUUUGUCAGAGUUCGUAAAGAAUGAUGAGUGUCGUAACAGUGGGGUAACCCCUUUUGGUUUAUUUCAGCGGGGCCUCUCGCGUGUUCAACGGAGUUUGAGCCAUUUAUUCUGCCACUCUUAUGGUAGAAAUGACGAGUUUGGUAGUUUUGCCGACGAUAACGAUGAAAUCGAACGUGCUUUGUUGUUGGAAUUGGGGACAACCUUGCAGGAGUUGGAUUCUAGGUACCGGAAAGAAGAGAAGCCUGAUGAUAUUGAUCAGACCGAGGUUAAAGAUGCAGAGGAUCUUAUCUUUUAUGCGAGGCAGGUGCUGACAAAGGGCUAUAGUGGGGCGGAAUGGCAGCUUCUAAGCAACUUAGACAGAAGCCUGCGACAGGGAAGCACCUAG